AUGGGAAAUAUUCAAACGGCAGCUGGUGGUCUGUUACCAACUCCUGGAGCAGCUGCAGCAGUCGGUGCAGGUUCGGCUUGGUGGAUUAAUCGUGCGCUAGCAAUUUGGGCAAUAUGUGCUCUAUUAUUAUGUGAACUACUAGCAUUAUUAUGUUUACUAAGAUAUUGUUGUCAAAGAAAAUAUGGUGAAAAAGUAGAUGGAUUUGCACAUGGACAACAUGUAGGAGGAGGUAAUAGUGGAGGCGUAUAUACUACCCAAGAAAGUCGACGAUUUACCGCGCCACCUCCACCAACAGACAACACUUAUCGAGAAAUUAUUGAACGUCAAACGAUUCAAGAUGAUUAUUUGGGCGCAGAAAAUGAAAAUACUUUUCAUCGAUCAAAUUAUAUAGGAGCUGGAGCACGUUCAAAUCCAUAUGUAUUUACACAAGAAAACGUGUAUGAAAGUGAAGCAGUACCAACAGUUGCAAUUAUUACUUCACAAACGCCGAAUGAUAAACUAGACUCAGUAUCCGAACGUUCAUCUUAUUCAUCUGGAAGAUCUAAUCGUAAAUUAUUGCCCAAUUAUAAUCAAAGUGGUAUAACUGAAAAUAUUGAAACGAAUAUCACACGAAAUAUUACAAAAAAUAUUACAAUCAAUGAAGAAGAAAAUUAUCAAAUACUUCAUGCACCACCCAUUGAACAAGACGUAUACUACGUUCAACAAAAUACUCAACAACAUUUACCUCCACCACCUUCACGUACAACUGUAACACGUUUACAAGGACCGUAUACAACACGAAUUAAUAUGGGAGCUGAACAUAUUGUUGAUGCACCACAAUGGGAAGAAACCACACCGUUGCACAUCCAAUAUGAAUCAAAUGAUGAUGAUUCAUCAAAUAUAUUAGCGAGACAAAAUAAAAAAGAGUCAAAUAGUAAUACAACACCUCCACCAUUAAGAAAUGUUAACCCGGUAAAAUUGGAUAAUCCAAAGAUACCUAUUAAACGUGCAUCGAUUGAAAUGGUUAAUGAAGAACCCAUUUGGGAACAAGCGGGCAAGUAUGAAACAUUAGUUAACGAUUCACCACGUAAACGAACAUUGGAUGAUAGUCGACAUUCACGUUCAGACAACAAUUUAAAAAACAGUGAUUAUGAACGAACAAGGAGGACAUCCCGUUAUCCAUCACCACGUCGUUCAGUCUCAUCCGAUAAUCUUGAUCGAUGGCCUACUCCACCAAACGUUCGUUCGGCUAGUGGAAAAGUAGAAAUAUUACCGUAUAAUAGCAAUAUAAUAAUGAGAACAAGAGAUACUGAUAGUACUACCAGUGAUCAAAAUUCUAUGUACGAAAGUAUUGUGGUGAAAAAAAAUGGUCGACAGAGAAGGUCUUCAACAAUCGAUGAUGAUAUUUAUAAAACAGCUGGUGUAGAUGAAGUAGAAAUUGAAAUGAGAGAUCUUGUUCAACGUCAGAAAAGUACCAAAAUGAAUGUUUACGAUGAUAUAUUACCGAGUGUUCAAACAACAAAUGGUACAUUGAUAACACCGGUUGCAACAAUUGAACAACAAGUUGAACAUGAACAAACAAUAACAAAUGUUGUUCGAAAAAAUGUCGAAGUUCCCAUUCAAAGACAAUUUCAAACAAGAACAGCAAUGGCAUCAGGAACCUAUGAACACUUAACUAAUGAUUAUAAUCAAACGCCAUCAAUAUCAAGACAGUCAAGUGCACAAUAA